ACUCUGGGGAGAGGACACAGAAAAGUUUGGAUGCAUCUGCGUCCUCAGAAGACACAGCUCAGUGCUUAACUAAAAAAAAAAGACGUGUUGUCACCCCGCCACCAGCUCACUCUCUAAGUAUGCUCCACUUCAGGGCAGCGCCAGGUCAGUUCGGCCCGGAGGUCCGGGAGCCGGGCCUCCGGGUGUGGAGGGUGGAGAAGAUGAAGGCCGUGCAGCUGGACCCCUCCGAGGUGGGGGCCUUUUUUAACGGGGACUCCUACCUGGUGCUGGAGAACCGCGGUCAGGAGGGAGCCGACCUCCACAUGUGGAUAGGUGAGAAGUCGUCUCGGGAUGAGCAGGUGGCGUGUGCCAUGCUGGCCACCCAGCUGGACAACUUCCUGGGAGGCGACCCCAUUCAGCACCGGCAGGUUCAGGGCUACGAGUCCCCGGAGUUCAUGAAUCUGUUCCCCAGAGGAGUCAGCUACAAGGAGGGUGGCGUGGAGUCGGGCUUCAGGAGGCCUCAGGGCGGCGGGACGGUGCACAGGUUGUACCAGAUCAAAGGGAAACGCAACAUCCGUGCCAAGGAGGUCGAGCUGUCCUGGAGCAGCUUCAACAAGGGAGACUGCUUCAUCCUCGACCUCGGAGAAACCAUCGUGUCGUGGAUCGGCUCGCAGUCCAACAUCUUCGAGAAGCAGAAAGUGCGCGAGAUCGCCUCGCUGAUCCGUGACACCGACCGACACGGUAAAGCCAAAAUCGUGGACACCGGCGAGGGGGAGGAGCCAGAGGAGAUGCUCAAGGUCCUGGGGAAGAUGCCAGAGCUGGCAGAGAGCACGCCAGAGGAGGACAGCAAAGCAGACGCUUCCAACUCUGCCUGCCUCUACAAGGUGUCUGAUGCGACGGGUUCUAUGACGACGACCAAAGUGUCGGAGAAGAGCCCGUUUGGCAAGGAGCUGCUGGUCCGCGACGACUGCUUCAUCCUGGACAACGGCGCCAACGGAAAGAUCUUCGUCUGGAAAGGUAACGGAGCAAAUGCCCAGGAGAAGGACGUGGCCAUACACAUGGCGGAUACCUUCAUCGACCAGAUGAAGUACCCCAGGAUGAAAACACAGGUGGAGAUCCUGCCACAGGGGAAGGAAACCAUCAUCUUCAAGCAGUUCUUCAAGAACUGGAACUAAACACUUCCUGGGAACGUUUGACCAGUCCUGCCCUGGAGCAGAAGCUGCACAUUCAGCGUCUGAUGCAAGAUACAUUUCUUUUUUUUUUUUUUUUUAUAAGCAUUUACUUGUAUGUACAUAUUUGUAAGGUACCGUGCUGAUGGAGAACACUGUAGCCUGUUCUGGACUUAGAAUCAGAGAUGUGAUGCCACUUUUAUAUAUACAAGUUUCCUCUAGUGAGAUUACAAAGAUAUGAAGAGAUAUAAAAAGUACUUUAGGUCAUGAGUUCGGAUUUUUUUUUUUUUUUUUUUUUUACAUUCGUCCUAGUGUCAGACUGCAUUUGAGAAAUAAACCUUACAAACUGUUACUUGUAGAUGAAGUUGUUUUGAUUUGUUUUCCCUGUCGAAAGUUCGCACUGAUGUGUCAGGAAGAUGAUCUUUACAUAACAUACAUUUAAACUCUGCCCUUUCCGUUGCCAGGGCCAGGAACCAUAACACUGAACUGUCACGGUCAUCAUCAGUGUUAUCAGCAGGGGGAAUUUAACCAUGUAGAUUAUAUAACGUUAAAUGAUGCACAGGAAACUUAUGUAAGAGUUUAAGCCACUUUAAUUGUAUGUUACAUAGUACUCAGCAAUACAAUUCAAAGAGAACUUUUGCCCUUUUUAAUCCACGGAAAGUCAUUUUCAGUCGAAACAUGUAAUCACUAUACGAAAUAUGUAGCGCAAUAUGGUAACAGCUCAUAAUAACCAUCAUGAAUGGAAUCAUUUAUAGUUUAUUCAAUUAAUUAGUUACUUAACUGUAAACAAACAGUGAAAUUCAGUUAGUUACUGAACAGUCUGGAUUAAAAAAAAAGUCAUCUGCGUCUUCAUUAAAGGUGCAAUAUUAAGGAUUUUUGUCAAAACGUUCCAAAAUGAACCCAAAUCCUCAAAAGAUUGUAAAGAAAUGACAGUUUUAACCAAAUUGUGUUGCAGAGAUAUUUAAAGCUGAGAGCUGUUAAAUGCUGGGAGUUAGCAGGUUUUGUCUGCUUCAGAACCUGAUUUCACUAAAGCAGAAGGGUAUUCUGGAGGAUAUUCUGAAAGUCAGGGACCAUCUUUUAGAGAUUCAACUUUUCUUUCAAACUGUUACUGUUAUCAUUUGUAAUGAAAAAAAUGUCAUAACAUUCAAAACGAAUGCAAAAUAGAAGUAUUUUAACAAAUGACCCAAUUAUAUCUGAAAACACGUCA